AAAGGCGGGAGCUUCGUCGCCGUCCCUGCUGCAGCGUCGGUCACCGAGAGGUUCCUACCGCGUCCGGGCGGGCCGGGAGCGCGCCCGUCGUCUGUCCAUCUGCCCGCCCGGAACGUGAGGCCGGCGGGGUCUCGGGCGCGUCGCCAUGGAGGUGGUGGAGGCCGCGGCCGCUCAGUUGGAAACUCUGAAUUUCAGUGGCUCCGGCUUGGGAGUCGGUGCGGGCCCGGCGGAUUCGGGCCUGGCGGAUUCGGGCCUGGCGGAUCCGUGUCCGGACUCCGCCCCCGAGCCUGGGUCCCGGCCACCGCCGCCGCAGCGGGAGAACGGCCUGGACGAGCCCGUCCUGGAGGCGCCGCCCUCCGGGGUGCCGCCGCCGCCUCCGCCGGGCGCCGCGGCCGUCGGGAGCCCCGCGCCGCCCCCGGAGCCUCCACGCGUCCUCCCCGGCCCGGACCCCGCACGGCCGGCGCUCGCCCCGCAGCUCCCGGACUCCUCAGACUCGGAUUCCGACUCGGACUCAGACAGUGAAACAGAUUCAGAUAGUUCUAGUUCCUCCUCUUCCUCAUCAUCUUCCUCGUCUUCCUCUUCCUCCUGUGUAUCACUUCCUCCUGUGCAGUCAGAUGGAGAAGAGGAUUUACAAGUUGAGAAGGAAAAUAAGAAUUUUCCUCUUAAAACAAAAGAUGAGUUGCUUCUUAAUGAACUGCCUUCCGUUGAAGAGCUUACCAUAAUUCUGCCUGAAGAUAUUGAAUUAAAGCCUCUUGGGAUGGUUUCAAGUGUUAUUGAACAAUUAGUAAUAAUUGAGUCUAUGAGUAAUCUGCCUCCAGUUAAUGAGGAAACUGUUAUUUUCAAAAGUGACCGACAGGCAGCGGGAAAGAUAUUUGAGAUAUUUGGACCUGUUGCACAUCCAUUUUAUGUGUUACGGUUUAAUUCUUCAGAUCACAUUGAGAGUAAAGGCAUUAAAAUAAAAGACACGAUGUACUUUGCUCCAUCAAUGAAAGACUUCACCCAGUAUAUCUUCACAGAAAAACUGAAACAGGAUAGGGGAUCCGAUGCAUCCUGGAAGAAUGAUCAAGAGCCACCCCCAGAGGCCUUAGAUUUCAGUGAUGAUGAAAAAGAAAAAGAAGCUAGGCAGCGGAAGAAAUCUCAGACUCAAGGUCGGAAAAAACUUAAGUCUGAACUUCCCGAGCCAGGUGAAGAUUUCUCUGAGGUACAUCAGAAUUGGAAUGCCUAUGGCUCUUCCGAGCAUUCAAAGGGAUAUCGCAACAGAGAAUUCACCAGAGGCUUUCCCAGGGGCCGGUAUCCUCGACCGGGUCACGGCAGACCUCCACCUCAGCAGUUCUAUGCCUCAGACCACAUGGUAUCUCCAGAGACUUCGGGAUUUCCACCGCAGAGACAGGAUAAUCCUUUCAUGCCCCACUAUCCCUUCCCGCCGCCAGUGUUCGACAUGCAUAACUUCCCACUCCCCCCACCUCCACCUCCGUCUGCAAAUAUGGGCUGGGCCGCACCCAACAUGACACCUCAUCCCUAUAAUGUGCCAUACUCUCUGCCCCCGCCUCCAGCACCCCCUCCCCUGCCUCCACCGCCCUCUGCCGGGGAUAGUAAUUCUCAUUUUGGACCUUACUAUUAGAUGCAUGCAUGCAUUGCCAGAGAAAUGUGGACUUUACAGAUUGUAUGUUAAGGAUUUUUUUUUUUAAGGAAAAGAGAUUAUAAAGCUAGAUUUUUGAAAACUAUAAAAUAUUAAUUGAGCUGUAAGUUGAUAUAUAUUUGUAACUUUUGUCACAUAUAUUCAUAUGAAAAUUGCAUCUCAUUCUUAGGGGAGAAUUUCAAUCAUGUAAUAAUUAAAGCUUUGAAUCAUGCCUUCCGCUACCCUUAAUCCCGUGGAAAUAAAGUAGUGGGUAUGGAGUAAGAGUGGUCAUAGAUUAACAUAUGUUA